CUUUAUAACACAUUCCUUCUGCUGAUGAGACGUCUGCCAGGGCCACAUCAAACAGUCACAUCUGAAACAAUGCAAAGGACUUCAUACGAGCAGAGAUUAAGGACCACAAACAGAACGGGGCUCCCUCAGCCAAAGAGACUACAUCAACUAGAGCUGGGUACAAGAACAUCAAGCCUGAUGCCCUGUUUAGGCAGAUCCAGCUGGAGAGCCCCCUAACUCAACCUGAGGGUAUCCUGCCACCUGCGUGUGAUUGGUGUGCAGGACCUUCCCCUCACAGUGGAAUCCAGACAGCUGGCUCCUUUUUAUGUCGGACCAUUCCAAUGCCAACAGUCAAAUCCAAAACGUUUCACUAAAAUGGACUCAAAUAACAGGAAACAAGGGGUCCCCCCCAAUCUCAUUUCAAAGAACUUGAAUGGCACAGAGCCCUGACCCCUCCCCUACCAGAAAAUGGACUGAGGAUAUGUGUGUCUGCUAAAACAUGUCUAACAUGGAUGAAGAAGUUAUGUGAGGAAUAACAUUUCUAGGCAGUAGGUGUUGGUUAACCCUACCUAGUCUUUAGAGAUGUGGGGAAAUGAGAACACAAAGGGAGAAUAAGUAUCUGGCUGCCUGUUUUUCUUAUAUCAGAUGAAAUUAAACUUUGACUUAGUCACACCAUGAAAUAGAAAAAUGAUAUCAAAGUCCAGUGCAACCAGUAUGUUUUUGCUGUGCUGCCAACAGCCAAUAAGAUCAAGCCUCUCCCUCACAAGAGAAAGGUAAGUGUUUUCAUUGGCUGAUGUUGGGAACACAAAAACAGUGUUUUAUCUUGCAAGAUCAUGAAAGCAUAGGCUGUAGCUACACAGGCUUGAGCUAGUUUGCAGAAUGGAUUCAAUCUUCUCUGUAUUUGGAUAUUUUGUUAACUGGGAUGUCAGAAGUCUGCUGCUCUUCACUGUAGUUUUCAUCCUCACUGCUGAUUAUCUUAAGAACCGUCGGCCAAACACCUACCCUCCUGGACCCAGUGCAAUUCCUAUUUUCGGCAACAUAUUCACUGUGGAUCACAACAGGCUCCAUGAGAGUAUGACACAGUUAGCAGGAAGAUAUGGAGACGUGUACAGCCUGCGAAUGGGUCAGACAUGGAUGGUGGUGUUAAACCGGUUUGAGGUUCUCAAAGAAGCUCUGGUAACUCAGGGAGACAGCCUGGUGGACCGUCCAUACCAAGCUAUAAUUGACGACGUAACUCAUGGACAAGGUGUCAUUUUCAGUAAUGGGAACAUAUGGAAGCAGCAGAGGCGUUUUGCACUUUCAACACUCAGAUAUUUUGGAUUUGGCAAGAAGUCUCUUGAACCUGUCAUCUUGGAUGAAUUUACAUAUUGUGCAAAAUACUUCAAAAGCUAUAAAGGUAAGCCACUGAAUCCACACCUCAUCAUCAGCAAUGCUAUCUCCAACAUUAUCUGCUCCCUGGUUUUUGGUCAUCGCUUUGAUUAUGGUGAUGAGUCGUUCCUGAAACUGAUGAGGUGGUUUAGUGAAGCACUCGAAAUUGAAGGAUCCAUUUGGGCACAGCUUUACAACGAAUUCCCUCUGCUGAUGAGACGUCUGCCAGGACCACAUCAGACAUUCCUGCACAUCUGGAAAGAUGUAAAGGACUUCAUACGAGUUGAGCUCAAGGAGCACAAACAGAACUGGGAUUCCUCAGACCAAAGAGACUACAUCGACUGCUACCUGAAUGAGAUUAACACGAACAAGGGACAGGCUGACAACACUUUUGAUGAAGAAAACCUGAUUAUAUGUGUCUUGAAUCUGUUUGUGGCUGGCUCUGAGACCACAUCCACCACCCUGCGCUGGGCUUUCCUCUACAUGGCAAAGUACCCCGAGAUCCAGGAAAAGGUCCAGGCUGAGAUAGACAGAGUGAUUGGACAGUCCAGACAGCCGUCCAUGGAAGAUCGUGCAAACCUGCCCUACACUGAUGCUGUUAUACAUGAGAUCCAGAGGAUGGGCAACAUAGUUCCCCUCAGCCUGCCUCAUGUCACCACCAGGGACAUCCAGCUGGGAGGCUACACCAUCCCAAAGGGAGUUACAAUAAUCCCCAAUCUGACCUCGGUGCUGUUUGACAAGACUGAGUGGGAGACGCCCGACACCUUUAACCCAGGACACUUUCUGAACAAGGAGGGCAAGUUUGUGAAGCGAGCUGCUUUCAUCCCGUUCUCUGCUGGUAAGCGAUUGUGUCUCGGUGAGAGCCUGGCCAAGAUGGAGCUUUUCCUCUUCUUCACCUCCUUCAUGCAGCACUUCACCUUCUCCAUGCCUGCGGGAGUGAAGCCUGUCAUGGAUUUCGACUUUGGCAUCACUCUGGCACCAUGUCAAUAUGAAAUAUGUGCAACCUCACGCCUAGAGUAGCUCAAACAUUGAAUAAUAUAUAUAUAUAUAUAUAUUAAAGAUCAAUAGGCUUUUCUUCCUUUGUCAAUGUGACAGGGUUUAGAUAAUUUGCCAAAAUGAUACUUGCCUUUAUUUUUUCAAUUAUGUAGAAUCAUUAUUCAAAGUUUAAUUUUUGUAUUCUCCUUGUGCCAACACCGAAAACCUUAUGUCAUGUAUUGUUUCUUUAGUGCCAGAUUUAAGUGUAAUGUGAUGUGGUUGAUCUGUCCUGUGCUGGGUUGAAGAUUUUAUUAAAAUCACCUCUGAUUUUUAAAAUUUCUAUAAGACUGAAGAACUCAGAAAAUAAUGUUGUUUCAUGGAUUUUGGGGCCCUAGAUGCUCUCAAUUGUUGUUGAUUGUUUCACUGAUAAUUUAGUGUCCUUCAAGAUCAGUUAUGGUGUGUUUAUGGAUUACAGACAUUUUUUAUGAAUCACAUUUUUACACCUUUAGUUGUUUUGGUGAUCCAAAUGUCCAUGUUUUUGUAAGUCAAAUAAAUUUUAC